GUAUUUUCCAGAGAAACUGAGACCUCGUUUCUUCGAGGUAUGGUUUGAAGCCUGGGAUCGUGAUCAACAUGCUCGAAGUGCAGCGAUAUGAACCGAACGCAGAGCUAGCCAGAUAUGGGAAAAAGUUAUUGUCUGUCAUGUAAUUCUGUUUGUAGGAUGGAGUUCUAACCGUCUAUAUAAGUUACUGCCAGCAGAUGGUCUAAGUCUCUUCGUUUUUAAACACAAACAACAGUUUCUAUCCGGAAUCGAGUCACAAAUAUCGACAUCUCAAAGCUACGUAACAAAUCAUGCGUUCGUCUAUGUUCGUCUUGGCCGCCACGGCUGUGAGCUCGGCUCUGGCCGCAUCCUUCACGGUGGAUUUCUUCGAUGGGAAAAAUGAGUGCUCUGGUGACUCGAAGAGCACGGAAAUCGACUUUGGCAGCGACGUGUUUAAGUGUGUGGAGGCAAAUGGAAUUGGCGUUCUGCAAGUUUCAGGUGAAGAUCUGAAUGAGUGCGGGCCAUUCUAUUCCGACAGCAAUUGUAAUACUGUCAUGGUUGGAUCGGAGCCCUUCGCGUGCGAUAGCUGCAUCGGCUACUCCAAUGCUUGGUUCAUUGUUGAACAGGAGCUCUGAGGCAUGUGACGGUGAUAAAACGCUAAAUAUAAUGCGUGUCAGAGAGAGACAAUUUUGAUAGUUCCCAUGCUCGUCAUUUAUGCUUAUACCUGGUACGGUC